AUGGAGGAGGCGCUGGCGUGGGAGACGGACGGCAUGCUUCCUCUGGAGAGGCAGCUCCACGAGGCCGCCCGCCGGAACAACGUCGGGAGGAUGAAGGAGCUGAUCGGGAGGAGAGUCAAUGUCAGGGCCAGAAACCACGUGGGCAGGGUGGCCCUGCACUGGGCGGCAGGCGCAGGGCAUGAGCAAGCUGUGCGGCUGCUCCUGGAGCAUGGGGCUGCUGUGGACGAUGAGGAUGCGGUAGGACCCCUCGUGGAGGCGCGUCUGUGUUUUGGGAUGAACGCGCUUCUCCUGUCUGCCUGGUUCGGCCACUUACGGAUCCUGCAGAUCCUGGUCAACUCUGGGGCCAAGAUCCACUGUGAGAACAAGGAGGGCCUGACCUUACUGCACUGCGCAGCCCAAAAAGGCCACGUGCCAGUGCUGGCAUUCAUAAUGGAGGACCUGGAGGACGUGGCUCUGGACCACGCUGACAAGCUGGGAAGGACAGCGUUUCACCGGGCUGCUGAGCACGGGCAGCUGGAUGCUCUGGACUUCCUUGUGGGCUCUGGCUGUGACCACAGUGUCAAAGACAAGGACGGGAACACGGCCCUUCACCUGGCUGCCGCCCGGGGCCACCUGGCUGUGCUGCAGCGACUCGUGGACAUCAGGUUGGACCUGGAUGAGCGGAAUGCGGAGGGUCUGACUGCCCUGCACGCGGCUGCUGAAGGGAUCCACCCCGACUGUGUGCGGCUCCUCCUUGGGGCUGGGAGCAACGUGAACACCCUCACCCAGAAAAAGCAGAGCUGCCUCCACUAUGCAGCCCUCAGUGGCUCCGAGGACGUGGCCCGGGCCCUCAUCCACGCAGGAGGCUGCACCAAUGUGGCUGAUCAUCAGGGCGCCUCUCCUGUGCACCUUGCUGUGAGACACAACUUCCCUGCCCUGGUGCAGCUCCUCAUCGACGCCGGCAGUGACCUGGAUGCCACCGACAAUAGGCAGCAGACGCCCCUCCACCUUGCUGCUGAGCACGCCUGGCAGGACAUAGCUGAGAUGCUUCUCGUCGCUGGGGUUAACUUAAACCUGAGAGAUAAGCAAGGAAAAACCGCCCUGGCAGUGGCCGCCCGCAGCAACCACGUCAGCCUGGUGGACAUGAUCAUAAAAGCCGAUCGUUUCUACAGAUGGGAGAAGGACCACCUCUCAUGCAGGGAUCCCAGUGACCCCUCUGGGAAGAGCUUGACCUUUAAGCAGGACCAUCGGCAGGAAACACAGCAGCUCCGUUCGGUACUGUGGCGAUUGGCCUCCAGGUACCUGCGGCCCCAUGAAUGGAAGAAGCUUGCGUAUUGCUGGGAGUUCAGCGAGGCCCACGUCCACGCCAUCGAGCAGCAGUGGACAGGCACCAAGAGCUACCAGGAGCAUGGCCACCGGAUGCUGCUCAUCUGGCUGCAUGGCGUGACCACUGCCAGCGAGAACCCCAGCAAAGCACUGUUCGAGGGCCUUGUGGCCAUUAGCAGGAGAGACCUGGCUGGUAAGAGUGUCCUCUGCCCGGCUCCUGCUCAGGGCGGGGCCAGGCCCCAAGGUCAGAGCUGCAUGGCCCUGCUGGAAUGCAGCAGGGCCCCCAAAGGGCUCCUCAGACCACAAUGA